GCGCGAAACCAGACACGGCCGCCGAUCGAGGCGGACCGCAUCGCCUUCCGUGCCGCCGAUCGCGCUGCGAGAAGCAUGAGACCAAGAUGUGCCGCUCGCGUUUCGGCUCCGUCGGUGCUUCGGCUGGCCGGCGCCUCGCUGCUCACCGCGCUGCUGGUGCUCGAGUGCCAGCGCGGCGAAGCUCGGCUAGACCGGUGGUAUCGUCAGCGCUCGGGGGCAGGCGUGACAAAGAAGGACCGGGAGGAGUAUCCCCUGUACCUGACGCCGUACGUGGUGCAAGGAAGGGUACGCGACGGCCGCGAGCGCAGCCGCGUGGGCCCCAUCGACGGCUCGCCGGACAUCGAGAGCUACGCGGGCUUUCUGACGGUGCGCGAGCAUCAGCUCAACCACCUGUUCUUCUGGUUCUUCCCGGCCAUUAAGAAGCACUCGGGAAGCGCGGCUCCGCUGUUGCUGUGGCUUCAGGGCGGACCAGGCGCGCCGUCCAUGAUGGGGGCGCUGGUGGAGCACGGUCCCCUGCGCGCCGCCGCCGACGGCACGGCCACCUUCCGGGCGCACACGUGGGCCCAGGAGGCGUCGGUGGUGUACGUGGACCAGCCCGUGGGCACGGGCUUCAGCCACUCGCACGACGGCGUCGACAACCACUGGUACUGCGCCAACGCCUCGGACGCAGCCGCCGACCUCUACGAGUUCAUGGGCCAGUUCUGCGUCAUCUUCGCUGCCGAGUGUCACCGCGCGGACUUCUUCAUCGCCGCCGAGAGUUACGCAGCCAAGUUCGCGAUCGCACUGGCGACCAUGAUGAAGAUGAUGCGGGACGAAGACUCCCUGCCGCGGCUCAGCGGCCUCGUCCUGGCCAGCCCGUUCGUGGACCCGGAGAACCAGCUGGACAACAGCGAGCUGCUGCACCAGACCGGGUUCCUGACGGACGUCCAGGCGGCGCUGCUCUGGGAGCAGUACAACCGGGUGGCGCGCCUCAUCCGCCGCGGGAACUACACGGCCGCCAAGGACCUCCUGGAGGACAUCAUAGACGGCAACCCGACCGUGUCGACGACGCUGUUCGGCAACUUGACGGGCCUGCGGCAGGCGUACGACCUGGACCUCACGUACUCUCCGGCCAUCUUCACCGUCUACGAGGAGUUCGUGGAUCGGGCCGAGGUGCGUCGCGCCCUGCACGUGGGCCGCCGGCUGGUGUUCAUGCCCGACGGCGAUGCCGUCACGCACAGCAUGUACGCCGACAUUCUGGUCUCGUACAAGCACCAGCUGGCCGACCUCCUCGACCAGGACCUCAAGGUGCUGCUGUACGGGGGCCAAAAGGACCUGAUUACCCCCUUCAGUUCCGUGGAGCGUUUCAUGAAGACGCUGAGCUGGAAAGGCCAAAUGGAGUACGCCACCACGCCGAGGCUGCCCUGGCGACUGGGCACGGACCAAGUGCUGGGCUACUACCGCCACGUGCAUAACUACACCGAGGUGCUGGUGAGGGGAGCUGGCCACGUGACAGCUUUCGACAAGCCCAAGGAAGUGUUGGCGCUCGUCACCAGGUUCAUCUACGGCGCGCCGAUCGACGAUGCACGCUAAUCGCGUCGCCGAAUAAACUGGGUCGCCGGCUAUCAAA